UGAUUAAAAUAUUUCUAUAUGAUUUUAUAUUAAGAAGGAUGAGAAGGAGAAAAUUUCGUCCUUUAAAUUCUCCUUUCUCCCAACUUUUGUUGACACAAAAUUAAAUAAGUGAACGUCUUUUGAAUUUCAGUUCUCUCUUGCCACUGUUGCAAUGGCCGAGAUCAAAAGUGGUGAAGGAGAAAUGAGAAGGAAAUUGAGUUACGGAGGAAGCAUUCCUUUGCUUGGACUCGGGACCUUCACUUAUGACGAACGAGAUUCGUUGGAUGCUGUUGCAAUGAAGGCCAUCAAGAUUGGAUAUAGGCAUUUUGAUACUGCAAGUCUCUAUGGUUCAGAAGAAGCAAUUGGAAAAGCUAUAAAGAAAGCAAUUGAAAAUGAGACUGUGAAGAGAGAAGAUAUUUUUGUUACUACUAAACUAUGGUGCAAUGAGCACCAUGAUCCACUUUCAGCUCUUAAUGCCUCUUUAAAACGUUUGGGAUUGGACUACGUGGACAGUUACUUGAUCCACUGGCCAGUGAAACUAAAGCCAUGGGCUUCCUAUAUGGUGCCCAAAGAAGACGAUUUUGAUGAAAUGGAUCUUGAGACCACAUGGAACCAUAUGGAAAAGUGUGUGGAAUUAGGCUUAACUAAGACCAUUGGUGUUAGCAAUUUCUCUUCUAAAAAGCUCUUACAUUUGCUGGAUUUUGCUUCUUUACCUCCUGCCAUUAAUCAGGUAGAAAUGCACGUAAUGUGGAGGCAAAGGAAGCUGAGAGAGGUUUGCUCUUCAAGAAAUGUGCAUUUGACUGCAUACUCACCUCUUGGAAGUCCAUGGAAUCCAUAUGGCCUGAAGAAUUUGCUCAAAGAUCCAAUUGUCAAUUCCAUUGCUUCCAAGCACGAAGCAACUCCCGCACAGGUUGCACUAAGCUGGAUAUUAUCAAUGGGAGGAAGUGCAGUAGUGAAGAGUUUCAAUGAAAGUAGAUUAGAGGAAAACAUGGCCUCUUUUGGUCUCAAAUUGGAUGAACAAGAUUUGCAAGAAAUUGACAAGUUGGAAGAAAAGAAGAUGGCUACUGGUGAAUUUCUAAUCAAUGCUACAACAGGCCAAUACAAAAACAUUCAAGAAUUGUGGGAUGGUGAAAUUUGAUUUUGUAUGUGGUUGGUGAAUUAGCUAAUAAAAUUCAAAAAUAAAUUCAUAUGGGUUUAAGCAAUUCAUUAUUCACUGCUCAAUCUAGAGGUUUUAGGUUUGAACACAAUAUGAUUUUUUUUUAUGUCUUUCAAGUUCGAGCAACGAAACAUUUGUGGUUGCCCUCAAGUCUUGGUUCUCUAAUAAAAAUAAAUCAACUUACCAUCGUA